UCUCGCUGGGACGCCUUGUCCGAUCUCGAGGUGAUUAUUAUCAUCCACUCUCUGAUUCUGCGAAUUUCACAAAUAUGAUCUCUCGAGGCCUUACGAUUGAUAGUCAUUUGUAUAUGUAAGAGCUGAUUCUCAGAGAUAACAAGCUAGCGGAAGUACCAGAUAUAAGUAUAUUCUCAAGGCUUUUGGUCUUUGAUGUAUCUUUCAAUGAAAUCACUUCGUUGGAAGGAUUAUCAAAGGCCUCUAGCACGUUGAAGGAGCUCUAUAUGUCUAAGAAUGAAGUUAACAAGAUUAUGGAGAUUGAACACUUGCACGACUUGCAGAUUCUUGAGCUAGGGUCCAAUAGAUUGUGGGUUUAGAUUUGUCGUGAUUACUUUACAAUGUUUUAGCAAUGAAUAUGAAAGCAUUGAGGUUUAUUCAGGUGAUGGUGAAUAUGGAGAGCUUGACAAAGUUAGAAGAGCUGUGGCUGGGAAGAAACCGUAUCAAAGUUGUGAACUUGUGUGGGCUCAGAUGUAUUAAAAAGAUUAGCUUGCAGAGCAAUCAAUUGACCUCUAUGAAAGGAUUUGAGGACUGUGUUGCUCUUGAAGAGUUGUAUCUGAGCCAUAAUGGUAUCUCAAAAAUGGAAGGCUUGAGUGCGUUGGUUAACCUACGGGUAUUAGACGUGUCGAACAACAAGCUCACAUCAGUUGAUGACAUUCAGAGCCUCACAAAGCUGGAAGAUUUAUGGCUUAAUGACAACCAGAUAGAAAUACUUGAAGCUAUCACAGAAGCUGUUGAAGGCUCUAAAGCUAACAGCUUUCCCGGAUUCUCCAUGUAGUUAGUCAUUAAAACCCUUUUAUUAACUUAUUUUUUUCUAACAAUAUAAUAUGACUUCUGACAAUUUGACUAAUCACUGUAU